CCUUGUCUUCAUCUCGCUCGCCCAUGUUAUUUCUUUGGGUGGUGGGGCUUUCCAAGAUGCUCCGAUGGUGCCGAGGAUGAGAGCUGCGAAGGCUUCGAGGACGAUCUAGAGUAGAGGUGUAGAGGGGAGGGGGAGUUAUUGCGUUAGAUGAGGAUGACGAGCGCUGGUGAGGGAGGAGGUAAGGGCGUACGUCUGAGGGGAGAGAGCCCUCUGGUCGACCGAGCGCCUUCAAAUGGGAGAGGUCUAGUAGAAUGGAGAAGCUUGCGUCUGAUAAGGGCUUCGACAGUGCACAGAGGUUCACUCACGCUCAUAGGUUGAGAAUGCAGCUGAGCGGAGGCAUGGGCCGUGAGCACACUGUUUACGGCAGGAUCACAGUUGGUGCUCACUGUGGAAGACGAGUACGGCAGCGAUGACGAGAAGUGUUUGGCCCAACAUAUUUUCAGCUUUGAAUGUGCUUGUGCAGAGAAGCGGUCGAGAUCAAGAGCGUCCGAGCACGGUACAGCAUGCGUGGGAAUGUACGCUGGGUGAACGCGGACCAGCGAACAUUCCUACAACCCUGACGGCCAGCUUUCGCGGUUCUGUAUUGAUCGGCGCGUGCACAACCCCAUAAGGUUUUCAUAACUCUCCAAACCAUGGACGGAUUCGACGACCUCUUGAAGCAGUCGCGGAGCGCACUGGAAGACAACCCAUUCGAAGACCCCUUCGCAAAACCACGCUCUAACUCGCCUGACCCCUGGUCGUCCAACUAUCUCGGCAGUUCCACCGCUGCCACCGACGACUUUGACUCCUCAGCAGCAUUCGAUACCCAUACCACCACCGCCGCCACCUCCGUCGUGCACGAUGACGAGCGCAGUACCACACCCACGACAGAAUCACAACCUUUCAGCGUCAGCGGAGGUGCUGACCCCGCUCCCGCCCCCGCUGACCCGCUCGACUUGGCCAACGCGAACCUUUCGUCAGACGAGGACGAGCCCUCGAAGCCAUCCGUCAAGUCUCCCCGAAGUUAUGGUUUCCGGGAGAGCGUAGAACCCGAGCACGAGCCUCCCAGUUCAUCUACCUCCAGCGGCUUCAGGGAGAGCAUCGAACCGGAAUCCGAGCCAGAAUCCCAACAACCCAAACCACACCCACAACCAAACCCCCUGCUCUCCCCCCUGUCCCCCGCCGCCGACUCCUCGCCCAUCUCACCCACACCCACUCCAUACUCCCCAAUCGCAACCACCCGUCGUCCUUCCACGCCCUCCACAGUCUCCAUCACCUCCCCCGUCUUCGCCCCCGGAACCUCCACCUCCACUUCAGCUUCAGAUUCCGAGCCCGCCUCCUCCCCACCCGUUUCCGCUCGCCUUCCGCAGCGCCAGACUUCGAGACCUUCGGCUACGGAUACGCUCGGGACGCCGACGCCGACGACACAGACGCACACGAGGAGCAUUAUAUCGCCAUUGGAGCAGCAGCAGGGAUCGUUGGAUGGGUCGUUUGCGAAUCUGGCGUUGGGUGGGGAGGGAUUCAGUGGGGGGUGGGAUGAUGGGAUGGGGGCGCAGAGUACGUUUGUGAGUUCACCGCCGGCGCCAUCACGGCCGGAGGAGGAAGAGGAAGAGGAUGACGACGACGAUAAACCGUUGAGGCCGAGGCCGUCGGAGUCGGAAUCUUCAACCCGACUUUCUGCGUCGCUGUCUAGUAAAGACAAGGGAAUCCAGCCAGAGUUCGCCAUCACCGUGGACGACCCACAGAAAGUCGGUGACCCCAUCCGUGGCUACACGAUGUACACCGUCCACACCCGCACAUCCUCCCCCCUCUUCACCAAACCCUCCUUCUCCGUCCUCCGCCGCUACUCCGACUUCCUCUGGCUCUACGAAACCCUAUCACUCUCCAACCCCGGCGUCGUCGUCCCUCCCGUUCCCGAAAAAAAUCCCUUCGGACGGUUCGAUGAUAGGUUCGUGCAGCAGCGCAGGAUCGCGCUAGAGAAUUGUAUUAGUAAGAUCGCGAAUCAUCCGGUUCUGGGAAAGGAUGCGGAUUUGAGGUUUUUUUUGGAGAGCGAUAAUUUUGCUUUGGACAUUAAGCAUCGGAAGGCGGAACUCGCACAGGAGAAAGGCGGAUUAUUGGCUAACCUCGGCCAGUCAAUCGCUGGACCACGAUUCAUCGAGAACGACGAGUGGUUCGACAGACAAAAAGGAUACCUCGAUACAUUGGAGGCUCAACUUCGUGGGCUCGUGAAAGCUAUUGAUGUUGUUUCUAAACAACGCACAGGUAGUGAUCUCGCUCUCCAUCUCGUCAACGAAUCCCACCACUCUCAACUAUCCACAUCCAUCGGCGAGUUCGCACAAAUGAUCGCAGACCUCGCCUCCUCCGACCUCGGCAAACCGCUCAUGGCCUCCCUCGGCCUGCUCGCGGACGUGGAGCGGAAAGCGCAGGAUAUAGAGUCUGAGCAGGCGAAGCAGGAUCUGGUGACGCUCAUGGGCACGGCGGACGAGUAUGCGAGGCUGAUUAAUAGUGUGCGGAUGGCGUUCAGUUCGCGGAUACGGACGUAUCAUGCUUGGCAGACGGCGGAUACGGAGUUGAGGAGAGCGAGGCAGAACCAUGAUCGGAAUCGAGCGCAGGGUCGUAUUCCGACGGAUAGGAUGGGGCAUUCGAUGAGCCAGAUCGCCGACGCGGAACGCAGAGCCCUCGAAUCCAAAAACGAAUUCGAGCACGUCUCGAAGCUCGUCAAGUCAGAGGUGGCACGGUUCGAGACGGAGCGGAUCGAGGAUUUCAAGCGGUCCAUGGAGCGAUUCUUGGAUGGGAUGAUUGAUCGGCAGAAGGAGCUCAUCGCGGCGAGGGAACAGUUCCAGCACGCGAUUCUGCAGAGGGUGUCGAGUUCGAGUGCGGGGCAACAGCAGACGAAUGGGUCGUCCGCGUUGAGGACUGUGGCGUGA